ACUUUGGGUAAUGCGAGUGAGUGUAUAGCUUUUCAUCACAAUAAAAAACUUGCUUCUUUUAUCAACAUUUUGAUCCCAAUUCCGUUGUCUUCUCUAUUAUCAUAAUUGGCUAAGUUUGGUACUAUUAUCAUAGUUAAUUUUCGAAUACCAUCUGUUAAAAUUAAGCUAAGAUUAAAAUACUACUUCUGAGUGUUUUGCUACAUAAUUUUUUUAUGAUGAGUGUCUAGGAAAGUUAAUUUCAUCGGAGUGACAGAAGAGUUAUGUCUAAUUCAUCAUCAAAUAGCAAGAAUCACAACAAAAAGUCGAGCAGUUCACGUGACAGAAACAAAUCUGUAGCUUCAGAGUCUGGAGGCUCCAGUCAGUGUGAUACACCACCACUUAUAGAGAAGGAUGGAGGUUCAUCCCAAGGCAGAUAUGCUGGGGUUGGUCCAGAGUCAAUUUUGUGUAUGGCGGAACAAGUGGGUGCUGAAAUCAAUCCAGAGGCAGCUUCCAGUCUUGCAGAAGAUGUCAGCUACAAGCUACGGCAAACUAUAAGUGCAAUAGCAUUACAAAGUGAAAUGCUAAAGAAGUCCCGUUUAGAUUCCUGGGAUGUGAACUCCAGUCUGACGUUAUCUGACACCAGUCCCGUUAUAGGAACCACUACCUCACAAUAUGCUGUCGUUGGGGAAGACAAAAUUUGCUUCCAAUUAGAAAACUUAAUAAAUGUGACUGAGCUGGCGCUAAAGAAUCAAACCUACUCAUACUAUACACUGCCAACAUUUACAUUGGAAUGGAUUACUGAUGAUAAGAGUCUGAGUAAUAAUAACAACAUCAGUGCCCGUUUGCAGAACUACUACACCAGAGUAGCCAGAGCAAUCCUGAAUCUCAAAAGAAAGCCCAAAGAGAUUGCCGUGGAGGACCUGACCACGAACACACGGAUUGGUCCAAUAUUUCCUAAUCUGUUCAAUCUUGCUGUGUUGGUCCUCAAUGAUGACAAUUUGAAUGCCCUGAAUGUUCCCAACAAGAAGCCACUGCAAGCCAAUGUUCUGGAUAUGGUCGACGCUCUCUGCUCCAACCCAUGUAGUUUGGACACCAAUAUACAGCAACAGUUUCAGAGACUUUUCCCAGUAAUGGUGUCGAAUAUACUUGGCAAUGGAUCACUUGCAGAAAAAAUGGUUGCCAUAUUGACGAAAAUUACGAGAACAUGGCCCCCUUUCAUAUCAAUAGGUAAAGGUAUCCUAUUCGAUUACCUGUCCCAAGGCACAAAGGAGCGGCUGACGGCGCCCAUGAUCAAAUGCGUGUUGGCGCUGGGGCGCCAGGCGUUGGUGGAAUGUCUGGGAGAGCAUUUGGAGCACAUAGACCAGUGUAUUCAUAUGCCGCGGCGGAAUCACUUGCAGUGCGAUUUGAGGGAGAGUAUAUUGGAUGCAUCAACAUGUUUGCUGAGAUCGGAACCGACUACCUACCUGGAGGACUACGUAAUGACUGACUACACCCUAUACGAAAUGCUAGGCGAUUCGAUACUGCCACGUCGGAAAUUGUACCUCGGAACAGAUAAUCGUCAAAGCGAAGACACAGUUCACGAAAAGACGCCAGACGAAGAGAAUUCCUACACGCCACGGCCAUUUAUACGGCGGUCCAAAGUCAGGCUCAUACCCGCUAGUAGCUCUCACAGAAAUCGAUUACACCGAGACACAGUAUUCGAACCAACAAGAUUCAGCGAUAAGACCAAAACUAUUAGGAUUAAAGUAAAAAAUUGUAGAUGUUUGGAUGUCCCGAACAAAAUGGAAAGACCUCAUGUACCUUUUGCGUGUCGCGCAACAAAUGUAGUCGUAGCAAGUGGACUGUUAAAUAGAUUUAGGUAUAGAUUAAGAAGUAAAACGAAUGCGUUUCCAAUGUUUCGCACGUUUCUCUUGUAAUCAUUUACGUGUAAGUGAAUUAUAUGUUUUUUAUAAUUUG